AUGUUGUUCGCCGUCUUUUUCGCCUUUUGGCGCUUCAUGCAAAUCCUCACCCUGAUUCCUACCAUGGGCAUGCUCGCCUGGUUCGUCCACGGCUAUGUCGAGAACAACGCAUUGACGCCCAACUACAUACUCGUCCUGUUCAUCGUCUCGGUGCUCGCGCUUGCCUGGGCCAUCUUCACCCUCUUCAGCUACCACCGCUCGUCUACCAAUGCCCUGUUUGUCUCCAUUAUCGAUCUUGGCUUUGUGGGCGCCUUCAUUGCCGCCGUCUGGUAUCUGCGCGACAUUGCCCACGCCGAUUGCGUGCGCGUCACCAAUAACAGCGGCUUUGACCUCUACUUUGGGCCCUUUGGCUCGGCCCACUCCAACUACGGCAUCGACACCACGGUCAACAAGACGUGCGCCAUGCUCAAGGCCUGCUUCGCCUUUGGCAUCAUGAACUGCGUCUUUUUCUUCUUCACUGCCAUCCUGGCCUGGUUCCACGGCGACCGCACCAGCAGCGCCGACCGCAAGACCUACUACCGCGAGACUCACUACCACCGACACGGCCACCGACACAGCCGCAGCCCUCACAGCCGCCGGAGCAGAAGCUCGCACCACUCCCACCGCCGCGUCUAUGUCUAG